ACUGUCAUGUACAUACAUACUUGUAUAUACUUAUCCAUCAAUACUAUUUCCCAGUCUGUAAACAAAUUUAUAGAAAGCUCUUCAAGCUUGAGCGUAGGGACAAAUGCACUCCAUUUGGAACUCUAUAAAAUAUUGCAACUAAAAAUGCCAUGUAAGAGUUUCGCUACCUCAGCUAUUCUAUUUGCAUUAUUAGUCGUUCACCUGAUAUCGGCCUUACUGUUAUUGUUGUUGUUUUUAAGUACACAAUGACUUAGCAUAUUUAAUAGCUAUGGAAAAUUACAUUCUUUGUCAUUGAUGCGUUCAUUACAGAUAUUCAUUUGUGUUUGUAUAUGCAGUUCUACUAUCUCACGCAAGUGGUCUAGCAAUUUUAUUGUUACUUCUACGAUGACUUGAAUUUUGCAAACGUCGUAUUACAUACUUACAUACAUGCAUGCAUGGUAAGUUUUGCACUGUAUGUGCAUAUGUACCAUAUAUUAAUACGGUUUGUUACAUUAAUUUCACAAUAAUUUUAUUGACUGUAGUCAGAAAACAUUAGGUGAUUUCGAUCCUCGAGCUUUUCAAAGCUCUAUUUUUCUACUAUGUAAAAGAGAGCUUAAUAUAAAUCAAUGCAGCAUAAACACAUAUAGUAUGUAUGUAUAUCUUCGUAUGUGCACUUGUUUGUUUAGUUAUGUUGAAGUAUAAUUUAGUUUUUACUAAAAACUUUGUUCUGAUCACCACCCUGUAUAUUUUGUGCAAAAUCAUAAUUUAAAUUAAUGAAGCGUAAAUUAAUUUAAACGCAAACUAAUUACAGCGCUAUGCUUUAAUAUGAAUGGGAUUAUUCCGCAGAAGUGACAUGCCAUUAAUUGAAUUACAUUGCAAUUUCUCAAAUGAGGCAGUGAUAUCAAAAAUAAGCUAAUCAGUGAUAUGUUUUGAAGUCGAAGAACAUAAAAAUCGAAAAGAUAGCACAGAAUAUGAUAUAUUAAUGCAAAAAGCGUUUUUUUUUCAAAUCUUCUAGAAUAUAUUUUGUUUAAUAAACCUACAAGUGAUAAAAAGUAGAGGAAAAAUAUCUAAACUUUCUAUAUUUUUGAACCUUUCUAUGCUAUUCGGAUAACAACACAACUGCCACUAAUUUGCAUUUUUAAGCUUUCCAAAAGCCAGUUACUAAAUUUCAAACUGACAUUUGUUUUUCAAACUUUCAUCUAUUAUAAAUUUUUAAGGAGUAUUUAUAAUUUCAUAAGAAUAACACCUGUCCCAAUAUUAACAACCACCACUGUUUGACCGUUUUCACAUAAUUUCUUUUUGACCUUUUGCGAAAACAUUUGCAUUGUCUUUGUUACCGUCAGCGCAUGCGCAUAGCUGCAGUUUACCUGUGCAGCGAUAAGAAAGGACCUGGCACCAUACAAAUAGCGAUACAUACCUGCAAGAUAAGUGGUUGUGGCCGACUGGAUUGAGUAAUGCGGGAAAAUUUGAAAUUGUUAAUCUAAAAACUAAAGGUAAGCAGACACGUGAAGAGAUUAGUCUGGAGAAAUGCAAACACAGCAGUAGGUGGAUCAUUAUGAAUUACAGCGAAACCUUGGAAAUUAGCUAUAGAUGUAAAUACCCGGAAGUACGUGCGGAUAUUUCCAGUCUGGUGUGCUAAACAUGUGUUUCACAAACAAACAUAUCGUUAUAUCACAGAGUGUCCUUACAGCCUCGAUAUUCGAGUUUAUAAAUAAGUGUAGCGCAGUUUAGAGGCGGCCAGUCGUUUUGACACUUUAGAAGCAGUACAACUUGAAGAACACAACUCUUUAGACGAUUGCCGAGAGAUGAAACUAUCCACAUUGUUGAAGAGUUUCGCACUAAUACUCCUGCUCGGCUCAGGAACUCUGCAUGCAGUGCCGCUAGAUACAAUAGCGAAUGCGACGACGUCACAAAUUGAAGUCGCCGCCACAAAUGCAGCUGAAGUGCCAAACUCUAGAGAUGAGCAUCAAAAUGUCACACCCGAAAAUCAGACUGAACUUGAGGCUGCUGCUAGCGAGCAAAAACCACAAACUCUUCCGGCGGUAAAUUCAGGCAGUGCGAAUGGCGAUGCCGCAAACUCGCUGUACGCCAACUUCCUGACACCCGAGGCUAUUCAGCAGUAUAUUAGUCAAUUUGGUGCGGCUUAUCCUGGUUAUGCUGCCUAUCCGGCGCCCAUAGGCUAUGCGGCAGCUGCGCCUCCUCCACCACCACCCGGCACCGGCCCCAUCUAUCCGGGCCCUUAUGUCGUGCAGACUGGCUAUGAAGGCUACUUAGUUCCGGCGCCAAAUACAGCUGUAGAAGCUACAAAUAAUAGCAACAGCAAUUCACUUUUAAGUCCCUUCACUUAUUUGACGAACCUUUUCUCGGUGCUGAUGAUGUCGGCUUUGUUUCGUGUCGUUGCCACUGUUCUCGGCGCGAUCGGUAUGAUAUUUUUUGGCGGGGCCCUGUCCAGAUUCGUAUGCAAUUUUACACCGCUUUGUACAGCUGUUGAGUAUUUGAAGAGCGACAAUGCGGAACGUGUGGGGCGCAUCAUAGCCGAGGGCAUGACACCGGAACGUGUUCGACGUGCUACGGUAUUUGUUCAGAACGCAAUACGCAAAUAUCACGAACUUCAGAAGUUUGUGGGAAGUGACGAAAAGGAUGACUAAGGCGCAGUAUAAAUUUUAAUGGGG